UAACAUAAGGGAAAAACUUAAAGAAUCUAAAUAAACAAAAUCCAAAAGUCUCAUUUCAUAAUCCAAAUAAAAUUUAGAGCCUUACAACUAGGGAAUCUAGAAAGAGCAAAUCUAAUGCUAUACAGUUCUUGGAUAAUGCAAAACCAAUGAAGGCACCUUCUUGAAAACCCAAAAUCUGAGUUCAAUUGAACUCACAGUGUCACUAAAGUUCUUUCUGUGUGGGGGUUGGAUAUAUUAGAAUAUCAUAAAUUGGGGUUAGAAUGAUUGAGGGGCCAUUCAACUUUGAAGCAGGAAAAACACCUGGAUCUCUGCCCACAUUGCAUCUCAAUCCAUACAGUUGGUCAAAGGUUUCAAACAUUAUUUACUUGGAUUCUCCAGCUGGAGCUGGACUCUCUUACUCCACAAACACAAGUGAUUAUGUCACUGGAGACUACCAAACUGCAGCUGAUACACACGCCUUCCUUCUCAAGUGGUUCGAACUAUACCCGGAAUUCGUCAACAAUCCAUUUUACAUCUCCGGAGAAUCUUAUGCUGGAAUUUAUGUUCCUACUCUUGCUUCUGAAGUGGUGAAAGGAAUCCAAGGUGGUGCAAAACCUACAAUCAAUUUCAAGGGUUAUAUGAUAGGGAAUGGAGUCACAGAUCCACGAUAUGAUGGGAAUGCUCUUGUCCCAUUUGCACAUGGAAUGGGCCUUAUUUCAGAUGAUAUUUUUGAGGAGGUUACUACCGCUUGUAGAGAAAACUAUAAUACGCCGUCGGAGAGCUGUGAUGCAGCAUUUAUUAAAGUUGACAAGGCUCUUGAAGGCCUUAACAUUUAUGACACUCUAGAACCAUGCUACCAUGAUCCGGCAAUGCAAAGCAACACAAAUUUGCCGACAAGCUUCCAACAAUUGGGAACCACAGAAAGGCCUCUUGGAGUCAGAAAGAGAAUGUUUGGUCGUGUUUGGCCUUUCCGGGCAAUGGUUCCUGACGGCCUUGUCACCCCCUGGCCUGAACUUCUCCAAAAAAAGAGUGUUCCGUGCACUAAUGAUGAAGUUGCAACGGCUUGGCUGAACGAUCCAGCAGUCAGGGAUGCAAUUCAUGCAAAACCGGUUUCUGUAUCCGGACCGUGGGAGUUAUGUACGAGCAGGGUGCAGUUUACUCAUGAUGCCGGCAGCAUGAUUCCUUACCAUUUUAACCUUACAGCUCUGGGAUAUCGAGCACUCAUAUACAGUGGAGACCAUGAUAUGUGCGUGCCAUUCACUGGGAGCCAAGCAUGGACAAGAUCUAUUGGAUACAAUGUAAUAGAUGAAUGGAGGCCUUGGUUGUCUACUGGCCAAGUUGCUGGGUACUUGCAAGGAUACUCUCACAACCUCACCUUCCUAACUAUCAAGGGUGCCGGACACACGGUCCCUGAGUACAAACCCCGGGAAGCAUUAGACUUCUACAGACGCUGGUUGGAUGGAGAAAGAAUAUGACAAUAGGAUCAGGGAGAUUAGUUUCUUUUUAAUCUGAAAUAGGUCUGUAAAAAAUGAAAAGCAAUCCGCUUCCCAGAAAAUUGUAAAGUAAUUAUUCUUAUCAGAGCACAAGCAAUUUCACCAAAGGGUGUGUUCAUUAAGAUGCAGAAGCCGAUUGGUCUUUGGUCUCCCCAGAUUUUAUCAUUUGUGCAGCAUUCAGAAUAAUAUUAAGUUGGUUUGCAAUGAAAUUGAUUGAAGUGU